UUUGUAACAUUACUUGGCUUCAACACAAAAUCUCUCCUCUCCCUAUCUUUGUCCUCAUGGAUAAACAAAUUUCUAGUAUUGCCACAUUACUAUUCUUGCACAUACUUUUGCUACAUUUUAGGUUGGGAAAAUGUGGCAAUGCAACCUCAAUUUGCAACAACACACCUCACCCCAAACUCUGCAACACUCUCCAAAUUACCACCUCCCCUCAUAAAACCCUAGACAAAAACGACGUCGAUUUAGGCCGGCUAAGCUUUAGGGAAACCCUAGCACAAGCUACAAAUGCUCACAAGCUCAUCUCCGCGAUGGAUUCGAGUUCAUUCGAUGAGCUAGGACGAUCAGCAUGGAGUGAUUGCUUGGAGCUCUAUCAAGACACAAUCCAUCAACUCAACCGCUCCAUCGACUCAAAAAUCGAUGCGUUCGAUGCACAAACAUGGUUGAGUGCAGCCAUCGCCAACGAGCAAACAUGCCAUAGUGGAUUUCUUGAUUUCAACAAGUCCUCACAAUUGGAAUCCUUACAACUCAUGCUUGGUGACUUCUCCAAAACCCUAGCAAAUUCACUAGCCAUCAACAAGGCCAUUUCUCCAUCCGCCUCUAACCAGAAGAGAGAUAGUGACCAUUUUCCUGAUUGGGUUUCGGCCCGUGAUCGGAGGCUGCUCUGGUCAUCCGUGAAGGCCGAUGUGGUGGUGGCACAAGACGGCUCCGGUGAUUACACCACGAUUUCUGAGGGGUUGGCUGCGGCUAAGCGUAGAGGAGGAGGAGGGUUGAGGAGAUUUGUUAUAUAUGUGAAAAAGGGCGUUUAUAGAGAAAACGUUGAGAUCAAGAGAUCGAUGAAGAAUUUGAUGUUGAUCGGAGAUGGAAUUGAUGCAACUGUUGUUAGUGGUGAUAGGAGUGUUAAAGAUGGCUUCACCACUUUCCGCUCUGCAACUUUUGCUGUCUCCGGAAAAGGGUUCAUUGCGCGGGGCAUGACAUUCGAGAACACGGCCGGGCCCUACAAACACCAAGCCGUGGCCCUCCGGUCGAGCUCCGACUUCUCCGUCUUCUUCGAGUGCAGCUUCAAGGGCUAUCAAGACACCCUCUACGUCCACUCCCAGCGCCAGUUCUACCGCGACUGUGACAUCUACGGCACCGUCGACUUCAUCUUCGGCGACGCAGUGGCGCUUCUCCAAAACUGCAACAUCUACGUCCGGAGACCGAUCAUCAACCAGAAAAACACCGUCACCGCGCAAGGGAGAAAAGACCCUAACGAGAACACCGGCAUCGUCAUCCAAAACUCAGUCAUCACAGCGGCGCCGGACCUCAGGCCGGUGCAAAGUUUGUACAAGAGCUAUUUAGGGAGGCCGUGGAAGGAAUAUUCGAGGACUGUGUUUUCCAAGUGUGUGAUCGAUGGGUUGAUUGACCCGGCCGGGUGGCUGCCGUGGAGUGGAGAUUUUGGCUUGGCUACUUUGUAUUAUGGUGAGUAUAUGAAUAGUGGUGUUGGUGGGACUACUGUGGGGAGGGUUAAAUGGCCGGGGUUUCAUCGUAUACGAUAUGCGGCCGAGGCCGGAAUGUUCUCCGCCCGGAAUUUCCUCGCUGGGGACUCGUGGAUUCCGGCUACCGGUGUGCCGUUUACGUCUGGCCUGUGAUAGGUUGGUUAGAUUAAUUAAGGGACAAUUGCAUGUGUUGUUUGUGUUUAAUUUUUGUGCUACAUUGGGAAGUUACAAAUGUAAUUGCUUUCAAAAUUAAUGGGAAUUUAUAUCAACUUUUACC